CAACGGGAGCUCAGUUACAUGCUACACUUUGUUUCGGCUGUCUCGCUUACCCUUGCCCUAAGCUCUCCGCGUCUGGCAAUGAUUUACAUUGCCUGGAAGAUGCUGGCUUGCUCGACAUGCUUCGUUCAAGCGGAAAUCCUCGUGCGAUUCGUGAUAGUCCGCUCGCACAUUUGCCUCGACUGGCUGCUGCCCACUCUGUGGGACCAGGCUAACUCGCUUGGACGGUUUGGUCCACUUAGCCGAGCUCAUAAGCACAAUGUGGCCUGUAACAUGGCGCGGGGCAAGGUACACGACUUUGGUGGGCAGUGUCCGACUGUUGCAAGGCGUCUCAGUGGCGUUAGCAUCCACAAUCCCACAUUCCUCUCGCCUUUUACUAGAGGAAUCCGUGUCGCGUGCUAAAUGAAGUCACUUAGCAAUUUUUCCGCUUCUUCGGCCAUGUGGCUAACCUACCUUUUUGCAUCUCUUGGCGUGCGGUUAU